UCUAAGCUCAGUAGCGUUACGUCCGUAGAAGCGAACAGAAUUAGCAAAUCGACAAUGCAGUCCUCCCUUAACCUGCUGCUAAUCUGCCUUCUCGCAGCCAUCCCAAGCUGCCUCUCCCAGCAGCGUCCUACGGUCCAGCUCGAGGCGGAUCCCUUCGUAUCGCCAGGUAGUGUCGUGAAGAUCCGCUGCAACGUCCAAGGCGUCCCCCGGCCGGUGACCACGUGGAAGGAAAAUGGACAACCCCUGCUGGCCACCGAUCGAAUCGCUUUCGAAGAUCACGGCAAGUUCCAUUUGCUGGUGAUUUCCAACGUCCAGCAGAAGGACAGUCACCGGAAGUUUGAGUGCCACGCCCGGAACGAGAACGGCGGUGCUAUGGCUGUGCGAUCGUUUGCCGUUGUUUCGGAUGGGUUGGCAGGUGGCGUUGCCGGGCAAAGUCCGACGGUGGAUUUGCAGGGGCCGACGCACGUCCCAGCUGGAGGAGCCGCCACACUGCUGUGCAUUGUCCAUGGGCAGCCCCGACCAACGGUGGCUUGGACCGAGAACGGUCUGCCGCUGACGUCCUCUGGGGGCAGGAUUCGCAUUGAGGAUGAUGGUGGGAUCAACCAUCGGUUGAUCGUUUCCAGCGCACAGCCAUCGGAUUCUUUCAAGAAGUACGUGUGUCGGGCAUCGAAUCGGCACGGAGCGGCGAUGGCCAUGAGGUCGUUUGUUGUGCAGAAUAACAACAUUGGAGGUUUUGCAGGGUUUGGGUUUUGAAAUGUAUGUUAAGGGUUUCAAUUGUCAAGCCAUAUUUAAUGAUUUUUCUGAGAAAUAAUAAAUGAUGUACAAAAACCCUGAGCAGUAA